GAUUACAGGUUGAUCUCGCGGUGGACAUUUUAUGGUAGGGUCCAUGCAUGGUACAGGUCAGGUAGUGUUGUUAUUUUGAUCUGUCUGAAACCAAUUCAUGAUGUCUCAAAAUAGCGGAAACGAAAAAAUUAUGAGCGACGGCGCUGCCAGAGAAGAAAAAGAAAAAGAAGGAGAAGAAGAAAAAGAAGAAGAAGGAGAAGAAGAAUCAACGACAAAGAGAUGGUUGACAUCUCUUUUCCUUCUCCUUAUCGUGUUGGCAUACCUUUUUAUCGGAGCGCUCGUUUUCCGCGCUCUCGAGCGUCCGGCCGCAGUCCAAGCUUCCGAGGACUUCCAUGCAGGGCUCCUGCGGCUCGCAUCGGAAAAUGAUUGCGUGGAUGAGGAGGACGUUGCCGAGUUGAUGAGCAUCGUGAUGAGGGCCAUAGGAGAAGGGGGGUACAUCGGUGGUCAUCCCUACGCUUCCCAAUUGAGCAUGGGAAUGGUUAAUGAAACGUAUUUCUCCGAUCCGUGGAGCGUAGGACAGGCCUUCAUCUUUGCAUCUACAGUGGUGUCUACAAUAGGGUACGGGUUUAUUGCUCCACGCACAGGAUCCGGUGAGGCCUUUUGUAUGUUCUACUACGCUGUUAUAGGCAUCGCCAUCACUGGAGGUAUCAUUCACUCCGUCGGUCAAAUCCUCCACGCUACGUGCAUCACCAGGAUGACUGCCAGUCUGGAUACCUGCCUGAAAUGCUGUUCAAAAGUCGGAGUGUUCCUCACGAAAUUCACGUUGUUCUAUCUUAUAGUCGUGCUGCUGAUCAUCCCGACCAGCCUCCUCUAUUUAUUCGUGCUGUCAGACUGGACCUUCAGCGACAGCUUUUACUUUACAGUUGAGACGACGACAACCAUUGGGUUUGGGGACCUGACGCCAAAGACUUUACAUGUUCCUGUUUUGUUGCUGUACGUGAUUAGAGUCGUUCUGUUCACCUACCUCUUUGUCUGCCUCGCUGCUGUGUCUACAUUGUUCAACACUUUCUCAGAUGUUCAGAGACAAGGAUCCAGGAUGAUCUCGUCCAGUAUUUUACGAUACAAGAAAAGACUCGCUCUACAACAUCGAGUGCAGGAGGGUGAAGCCAGCGACGUCGAGCUUGAAACACCAGAGGUCGAAGGUCGUCUGCAUGGUGACGACCAGGGAAGGAGGAAGUACGAUGAAGAGGUCGCCAUGACCCGAGAUUUGUGAGGGACGUGAGAAACGUUCCAUGCUGACCAGGGUCCUGUCUUAUAAAGAGUUGCGAUUAAAUGCUUCGAAUCAAUCGCAACUUAAGAUUAUCAAUCGCAACUUGGCCUACUUAAGAGAUAGGAGUUGCGAUUAUAAUUUCAAGUUGCAAUGGUUCGUAUCAAUCGCAUCUCUCUCUAAGGCGGGGCCCUGGAAUCUAUAUACUAUUUCGUGAUAAAUUCAACGCAAGGACGCCCUUGUUCCAUUCAACCUCAUCAUUUUGUCAUCCUCACACCGCUUGCAAUCUUUAGUUCAUCUUCGUGAUAGGCUGCAUAGCCCUUUGAAGAUUACUAAAAGAGGAAGAAGAAGAAGAAUGUCGAGUCCAAGACUUUGAAAUAGACAUCAUAGAGAGGGCGCCGGGGAGGGCGCAUGCCUCCGCUACCCUCAAUUGUACGUACCCGGCAUGCAUGUGGGAGUUGGCCGAAGAAUCGACGGCGCCUCUCAAAACUGCAAUCUUAAAUAAUGAAUAAUGUCAGAAGGCCUGUGACAUUAACAUGCCGGUAUUGUAUAGAUUUGAAGUAAGGUUAGUUUUUUCUACAGGAGCUUACGAUACCGCCCCCAACCAUCACUUUACGGUAGUGGUUAUUCUACACAUUGGAGGUGAGGUGAAUGGGCAUUGGGGGCGGGAGACUUCUAGAUAUAUUUGAACCAAUAUUCGGGCGGCAACCGCCAUUCGAGAACUAUGUUGGUCUUUUUGUAAUAUUUGAAUAUUUUUUCUUGUAUACUUGUUAUGUCCAGAUAUAACGUUUAACUGUAUUAAAGUGUCAAAAUUCGUUUGCAAAUUAUAGGGCAAGAGGCGUCAGCUCCUAGCAAUAUUGUGUUUUAAUGCUUAUGACCUUACAUUUGGUUUGUUAAUAAAAUUUAUAAAGGACUUCAUUAUAAA